AUGAAUCAACAACACAAUCAUCAUCACAUCAUGAACUCGUACGGUGCCAGCACUGAAAACAGUGGCCCGAACCAGCAGUCGACACAAAGCAUUGCCGACUAUCUGGCACAGCUACUGAAGGACCGCAAACAGUUGGCCGCCUUCCCGAACGUGUUCCUACACAUGGAGCGGCUGCUCGAUGAGGAAAUAGCGAAGGUGCGUGCCUCACUGUUCCACAUCAACGGUGUGACGAAGGAACCGCUGCAGCUACCCGAACCGGAGGGCGAAUCGAUCACCAUGAACGAGAAGGUGUACGUCCCGGUGAAGGAGUAUCCGGACUUUAACUUCGUCGGGCGCAUACUUGGCCCACGCGGCAUGACCGCCAAGCAGCUGGAACAGGAAACGGGCUGCAAGAUUAUGGUCCGAGGGAAGGGUUCGAUGCGGGACAAGAAAAAGGAGGACGCAAACCGGGGCAAACCGAACUGGGAGCACCUGUCGGACGAUCUGCACGUGCUGAUCACCGUGGAGGACACGGAAAAUCGAGCCUCGAUCAAGCUGAAGCGUGCGCUGGACGAGGUGAAAAAGUUGCUCGUACCGCACGCCGAAGGCGAGGACGAGCUCAAGAAACGGCAGCUAAUGGAGCUGGCCAUCAUCAACGGUACGUACCGGGAUUCGACCACCAAAGUAGCGCCGGCGGACAAUACCUUCAACUUCGACCCGCAACAGUACACCGACGAACGGUGGAAGAUGGCAGCGGCAGCGGCAGCAGCCGAUUCGCGCAUGCUCAACCAGGCGACACUGGCCAACUUGGCAGCGGCUAACUCAUUAGCUGGCCGUACCGCACCGAACCCGCUCGGGGCACCGAUCAUCCUAUCGCCCCGCAUCACCGUCCCGACAACCGCUGCCAGCCUCAUACCCGGGUCGGGGCCACCGCCCACGAUCGAUCACACGACCGGACUGAUCUACGCCUCACCCUACACGGACUACAGCUAUGCGCUGGCGGCCGCCGGCAAUCCGCUCCUCGCCGAGUACCCCGAACACAGCGUAGGUGCAAUCAAAAAUCCAAGAAGACAAUAUGCGUCUCGCGAUCAUCCUUACUAA